AUGUGCGGUCGUAAACUUAUGGUUUUUUGUAAAAACGUUUGAAAAUUUAUAAGAGAACACCGUUUUAAAAUAACAUAAGAGCCAAGAUUUUUUACUUUUAUUUAUUUACAGUAUUGAACAUUUUAUAAUAAAUUAGAUAUAUCAAAUUGUAGGUAUUCAUGUUAUAAUUCUAUUAUUUAAUGUUACAAUGGGAAACACAAGAUGUUUACUUACAUUAUUGUUCAUGAUAAAUACAGUAUUAGCUCAAUCAAAUAAUCAAAAUUCUUGUAUCAACCCGAAUAAUGAAAAUGGUAUUUGUCUCAAUAUUAAACAAUGCCCAGCAUUGUUAUCUAUACUUCAAAACAAUAGAAAGAAUAAUACAGCUAUAGCCUUUCUUCGGAGUUCUAUGUGUGGAAAUGAAGGCAGAGAUCCAAAAGUUUGCUGUCCAAGGAAUCCUGUAUCAUUUGGUGGUUCAGUGACUUCUUCAAAGUUACCCUCUCAAAGUACAUGUGGUGUUUCAUAUGGUAAUGUCAAUAAAAUUGUUGGUGGAUGGCCUGCUGAGUUAGAUGAUUGGCCAUGGAUGGUUGCUCUAGGAUAUCAUGGACUCAAUCAGCCUAAAACAGAAACUCCCCAGUGGAGAUGUGGUGGUUCAUUGAUUUCUGAUAGAUACGUAGUUACAGCUGCUCAUUGUUUAGUUAAGAUUGGACCAGUAGAAGUAUCUGUUGCGCGACUAGGUGAACUAGAUUUGGAUCCCAAUACCGACGACAAAGCCGAACCGAUAGAUAUUCCAAUCCAAAAAAUUAUAACUCACCAAUCCUACAAUUCAAAAACUCACGCUAAUGACAUAGCUCUGUUGAAAUUAGAUCAUUCUGUACAAUUCAACAAACACAUUCAACCUAUUUGUUUACCAAUAACUCCAACAAUAAGAGCAAACAAAUUUGUAAAAUAUGUACCUUUCAUUGCGGGAUGGGGAACCACAGCAUUUUAUGGCCCAACUAGCACUGCACUUAUGUCAGCUGCAGUACCAAUUAUCGACAAUGCUAGAUGUAAUCGUUCUUAUACAGGACAUAGUGCUGUUAUAGAUGACUCGGUAUUAUGUGCAGGAACGGGUGAAGCUGACUCUUGUCAGGGUGAUUCAGGUGGUCCAAUGAUGUGGCCUAAUGGAAAACAAUAUUACUUGCUUGGUGUUGUAUCAUUUGGUUUUAGAUGUGCAGAACCAGAAUUUCCUGGAGUAUACACUAGAGUAUCUCAUUUUAUAGAAUGGAUUAUAGAAAAUAUGAACAAUAGUUGAAAUGGACAAUUUGGUAAAACUAUUUAAAUUAUCAAACUACAUGAUUUUUUGAUCUUAUACUUUCUAUUUAUAAAAAGUUUCAUGUAAGCUACAACAUAGAAAAACUUUUGACACUGGAAUGUCUGAGUGAAAUUUAGAUAUUUCAGCACUUACUCUAAUGAUUAGUUAUUUUAUCCAGGAAAAUAACCAUGUUGAUACUCAUAUACUGAACAGUAUUUUAACUUACUAUUUCUAUUUUCUAUUUUAUUUAACAAUUUUUUUUUUUUUAAUUCCAUUAUUUAAUUUUAAUAUAUAUAUAUACAUAUAAUGUAGAAUUUUUUUUUUAUUAAAUUUUUAUAUUUGUAUGUAACUAACCUUGUAUUUUAACAA